AUGUCUGCGUCUCAAUCCGGUGAACCUAGCAAACACAUCGCCAAGGACAGACGUCUCUCUAAAUUUCAACCUCGAUGGCACAGCGGGUGUGAUGCGUCGCCUCAAACUCACUCCAAGUCUUUUGGCGACGGGACGAUCGGGAACACGCUUGACAGCGAGCAGUACGGUGAGGAACAAAUAGAACCACUUGACCUGAGUGUUCGACACAAGCCUCCUCCAGCUACUACCUCUGGAGCUCCAUCGGCUUACCUUCACGAGACCAAUGCAAACCUCCUCUUUCCCAUCCUACUGCAACCACUAGGAACCCGUGUACAGACGCAUCUGACUAAGUUCCAUGAGUUUGCAGUGAAAGUGUGCAUGCAAAUCGACUCGAAAAUUCACGAUUUCGCCGCAACUCGCGACACCCAGCAUGCCUCAACUUUUUCAGUCCAAUACUCCAUCGACGACUGCACCUUCGAGUCGACUUCGAUACCUGGAACGAGGAAACGAAAAUUUAGGCGUUUCUCAGACGAUCAAAUUUGGGAGCUGGAAAAUCGGUAUUAUAAAAAUAACAAAAUCUCUCUUAGCGAAUGCGACGAAUUGGGUGGACGCUUGGGUCUCAGUGGUUCGCAGGUAAUGUAA